AUGUCGACUCCACACAUCAAGUUCGAGAACUCGCCCGUCGACAGUUUGGCUGACAGCUUUAUCUCGACGCCCGGCACCCAAUACCCAUCCCUCUUCGCCAACAACACCAUGGAACCCAUCGAAGCCAUGACCCCCCAGUCAUAUGAGGAUGACAGCAUGUUCGGCGGCUCCGUCCGUGAGGACAGCGUGCUUGACGAUAGCCCCGAAGGAGACAAGAAGCAGGUAAAGAAGAGGAAAUCUUGGGGACAGCAAUUGCCAGAACCAAAGACCAAUCUUCCACCGAGGAAACGCGCAAAGACUGAAGACGAGAAGGAGCAGCGACGAGUCGAACGGGUUCUCCGAAACCGUCGUGCAGCUCAAUCUUCAAGGGAACGCAAGCGUCAAGAAGUAGAGGCACUGGAGGCCGAGAAGCGUCAAAUCGAGCGAAGAAAUCAAGACCUCGAGAUGCGACUGGCUCACAUGGAAGAACAAUACCUCAGAGUCACACAAGAGUUGGCUCAAGUCACAGGCAACAAGAUGCAUGUCUUUGGAUCAUCAUCUGUCGUCUCAUCACCAAGUCAAGAAUUACGUCAAGCCUCCCCAGUUACAUUUUCACAAGAGCUCUUCUCAUCCCGAGACUCCAACCCCACAACAAUCAACAGGCAAUCAGUCCCUGAACCUCACACCUUACAAACCGUCAACCCCGCCUCCCUCUCCCCUGAAAUCCGACCUGUCGACGAUCUAACCAACGCCAGUUCUUCCGAUAUGACACAACAUCCUGCCGCGGUGUUGUGCGACCUGCAGUGUCAGUCGGAAGAACAACGGCCCUGGAUGGAUACGCCGACCACAACAGCUUCGGCCAUCUCUCAAAUCUUGAUCAUGACCACGUUUCUCAACAUGAUCUCAGCGAGUACUUCAACGCUCCUCAACCCUCUGAGUCAGAUCAUUACCUCCUUGAGAACGGGAUCGGUCCUAUCGCCGACAGCUUCAAUCUUGACUUUAAUAACAUGGUUAACUACAACGAUGGCGCCUUUGACGACAUCAACCUCGACGACUUCCUCCAUAACGACGACCAGCCUGCGACCGAGAUUCACUCUUCGGAUAAGCUUGCUGAGACGACUGCUAGCCUGCAGCCCCAACUUGGCGCGUCCCUUGAUGGAUGCGACAGUGGUGGCAAUGCGGUCAGCGUCUGAACAGCAGCUAACCCACGACUGUCUCUCUGGCGUAGAUGCGAGUGUUCGUCAUUUUGGAACAAGUUCACCGAGUGUGGAGUUGUUAAUGACGUUACUUUGGGCUAUCCAUGUAAUCGAAAAAGAACGAGAGCAAAAGGAAAAGACACCCAAGCUGGACGCAGCUACGGAGGUCAGACAGGCGUGUGGGAAGCUGGAUGAAAUGUUCAGACCUAGAGAUAUAACACAGAAGAGAGUUUCUUAUUUGUCUAGGGGGGGUGGGAACAGAGCCACGGGGCAAAAGUCCUCGGAGGAUUGGCGUACGGAGUUUAAGAAUCAUCUACCUUGA